UUUAUUUCACCACACCCUUUGACCUAUGACUUAUGCCAAUACGAUCCUCUCUAUUCAGUGUAAGCGGAAGUGAACAGCGACAACGAACAAUUUCCAAGUUAGCAUCGUCAUUUAGACGUUUAUUAACACCCUGGACCUCAAAAUAUGACCAAUUGAACCGUACAGCAUAGCAUACUUACCUCAGGUAAUAUUUAAUUUGCGUUGGAGACAGGACUUGGGGUUGAUAGAUGUUAUCUAGGUAACGCUGCUAACGUUGGCUAGUUGUAACCGUAACGUUAUGAUUUUUCACACUCAAAUAGCCUCCAUUGUGGAGGUGCUAGCGAAUGCAGCCGUGGCAGAGAUCUGUAAACUAGUAGACGACGACUAUGCAGUGUUUCGUUUGGAAAUAAAUCAAAGCCAGAAAGAAAACGGCGCAUUGAGGAGGAAACUUCAGCUACUGGAACUGAAGGUGUCACGGGAGCGCGCAGAGAGGACAAUGCGAGAGCGCAUCCUCGCCAGUCGUCCCAGAAGUGUCAAGAUCCUCGACCGAUAUAGAGGAAUGGCAAGAGGUGAAGGACAUCUCACUGGACGCUACAGGAGCUUUGGGAAGCCAGCGGGACACAAUACAUGGAGAGAUGACCAACCAAUCACAUUUGAUGAGGGGAGAGGAACCUCAACCCAGCACAUCAUCACGAUAGAGUCGGCAGAUGUUGUGGCGGCAGGUUCUGGAGGAUCGUCUCUGGUCAAGCAGGAGAGGACUGAAGGGGAGGACCCACAACACAGCAGAGACAUCCAGACUGGAGCAGCGGCUGUAGUUGCACCCCUUGUUACCACGGAGGACCACGUGACCGCGGUGCAGCCCAGAACCCGACGCAUCAUCACGGAGGUCAAUGGAACGCUGAACGCCGUUGUCAAGUCAGAGACUGACACAGAGACUUUAACUGUAACACAAAGGCUCUUACACACAGGAUCUGACCACAGAUCAGACCCAGAGAGACUGGGGCUGAGGCCACUGGGCUGUCCUGCUCCUGGCUCAGAGUAUUUACUUUACGGUAACCCAAGCCCGAGGACUGUUCAUUCCCAUCGGGACUCAGGUGACGCAUUAGAGACUGGCAGUGAUCCAUCUUGUUCUUACGCUACAGAGAUGGACCCUGACAACAUGCCCUUGGGUUUAGAGACACAGACUGAUCUGUCUAGAGGGGACUGGAACCGGUACAGUAGUCGUGUACACUCUGAAGGGUGCCUAGAUAAGAAAGGAGAGGGUCUGGUUGUAGAUGAAGUGAUUGUGAAAGUGGAGGGCGACGUUCCUCCCACAUGGAAUGCAGAUAGUCACCUAGGAGACGGACACUCACAGGGAAGAGAUUUCUUAGAUUACAGGGAAUGCUUAGAAACAAAUCCAAAUGUCACAACCCACUCCCCUUUACUCGCGCUCAGAGAUCGUGACCUCGUGUCCACAUCGAUGGGGCCUUCCGAUUCACACAACUGCCUUUUUGAUCAGGUAUUGAACUCAAAUGACAGGGCUACAGCCCAGGCUCAGGGAGGGGCAGCCACAUCAGGCAAUGUUAAAGAGAAACGGUUCCUCUGCAUGUUCUGUAACAAAGGCUUCAGCUGCCCCCAGAAAGUGAAGAUCCACCAGAGGAUCCACACAGGGGAGAAACGCUUCAGGUGUACCCAGUGUCAUAUGCGCUUCGUCCAGGCUGGUGACCUGAAGAGGCACCAGAGGGUCCACACAGGGGUGAAACCCUUCAGCUGUACCCAGUGUAAUAUGCGCUUCGCCCAGGCUGGCCACCUGAAGAGGCACCAGAGGGUCCACACAGGGGAGAAACCCUACAGCUGUCCCCACUGUGAGAAGAGGUUCUCCCGCCAGGACCAGCUGAAGAUGCACCUGAAGGUCCACACGGGAGAGAAGCUGUUUGCUUGUACGCACUGAGCUACCUCAGGAUACACCAGCAGAAAAAAACAUUCCACUUUUGAGCAUAGAAAGUAACCAUUCCACUCGAUAGCUUCUGACGUUUAGAUCAAACCCUGCAUUAAGACUAAGAUUAAUUUUCAUUGUUGUCUGCAGAAAAGAUGGAAUAACGACAGUAACAUUUGGAAUAAGUGUUGAAUAUUCCUGUGUAGAAUAUUGCAUCCAGACAUUGUGUGAUAUAAGGCAUAUUUCAGCCUAAAAAGUCUAAUUAAAUUGUAUUUGUUACAUGCUUCGUAAACAACAGGCGUAGACUAACAAUGAAAUACUUACGGAUCCUUUUCCAGCAAUGCAGAGUUAAAGAUGAAUGUUUUCAAAGUAAUUAGAGUAAAAAAUAGACAGAAUAACAAUAAC